UGGCCGUGCAUCAGAUGAGGGAUCUAUCGAUCUAAUAUUUUUUCGUGUUUUGCCGUGUUUUAAAAUGUGAUUUUGUUUGUGUAGCCGAGCAAAAUGUGGAUCCCGACCAAAACAAAGAAAUACGGUGUCGCCAUUUACAAUUGGAAGAGCGACGUCAGGUUCGGCCUGCCUCUGGAGAUCGGAGAUACGGUCCAAAUUUUAGAAGAAUGCCAGGGCUGGUACAGAGGUUUCGCGACUAAAAAUAGAGCUCACAAGGGCAUAUUCCCACAGAGCUAUAUCUUUCUGAAACAAUGUAAAGUUGACAAUGAAGGUCUGUUUGAGAGUGUAGUACCCGUCGAAGAUCCAGUGGUCAGAGAAGUGACCUUGGUCCUGAGAGAAUGGGGGCGUAUGUGGAAAAACAUAUUUGUGGAGAGAAAUCACUACAAAUUCGACACAGUAGGCAAGGUUAUGAGGGAUCUGUUGGAGUGGAGGAGACAGCUGGUUUCUGGGACUCUUACUCACGACCAAACCAGGGAGUUGAAAAUGAAAAUUAUACAGAAAAUCGACUGGGGAAACAGGAAAUUGGGGUUGGAUUUGGUGCCCAGGCAGGGGGCGAAUAUGGUUGAGCCUGAUUCAAUGUCUGUUGUGGAAUUGUACCAUGUUCAUGUGGCUUCGGCGGAGAAUACAACGACAGUAUCGGCAAGGGGUACCAUAAGAAAAAAAGAACCCAAAAAGACGCUGACCCACCACCUUUACUUCUGCAUGAGGGAUUUCGGCCACCACAUCGGCGAAGAUACGGAAAUCUAUUUUUCUCUCUACGACGCUUGCAAACAAAAAUACAUAACCGAACGGUUCCUAGUCAAAAUUUCCAAAGAAGGCUUCACAAACCACAUCGAAAAGCUGCAUAGCAAUUGUACAGUAUUCACAGAUUUGGGUAAUUCGGAUUUGAACAAAGACAUAUACAUAGUGGCUCAUGUGAUGCGGAUAGGCAAAAUGCUUUAUUCGGACAGCUCAAAAAAGACUGAAAAAUCCGCUACCCAACCCCAGUUAUUUAAAAGGCCUCAUGGCGUCGCCGCGCAGAAUAUUGGAGAGUUUUUAGCCAGCAAGCUGGAAGAUAGCGAGGAAAAAGAAAUCAGCAUGAAGGUGUAUCAAGGGGAAGACAAAGACUUCCACCAGCUUCACGAUUUUAUUAUUAGACAAUCUGGAAAAUAUUCGGCAUUAUCCGGCCCAAUAAACUAUGGUAUUAUGAUUUCUUUGAAAAUGUUACAUGGUGAAUUAAGAACUAUAAGAGAAGAAAGUCCUAUGUUGUUUAAGAAUGUUAGCUUAACCAGCAAGCUAGGAUUCCCAGAUGUUAUAAUGCCGGGAGACGUACGCAACGACCUCUAUGUGUUUCUGGACAAGGGAGAAUUUGAAAGAGGCGGGAAAUCGACAGGAAAGAACAUAGAAGUCACCAUAGUUGUCCUUGAUGGAGAGAAAAAUAUCGUUAAAAAUUGUUUGUGGGGAGCGUCAGGUAUUGAGGGUGCCUCAGAGUACAAUUCCAUGAUUAUUUACCAUCAUAACUCACCAGCAUGGGCCGAGAACGUCAGAUUAACCCUUCCUAUUGAUAAAUUUGCCGGAGCUCACGUACGACUAGAGUACCGUCACUGUUCAACUCGAGAAAAAAAUGACAAGAAAUUGUUCGGAUUUUCUUUUCUGCGACUGAUGGACAAGGACGGAGCGGCUGUCCAGGAUGGACAACACGAGUUGUACAUUUACAAGUGCGAAGAUCAAGUCAAACUGGAAAACUGUGGGUAUUUAACGCUACCUGCUUUUGCCAAAGAUUUAGAAGGAAAUCACGAAGCGAGUGGGCAAUUCUCAAGAAGUCACAAAGAAAUGGUCUCAAUAAGAACGCUUUUAUGUUCCACAAAAUUAACACAAAAUGUUGAUUUAUUGGCUCUUCUGCGCUGGAAAUCACAUCCCGAACGCAUUCAAGAAUCUCUCCAAAAGGUGUUAAAACUAGGAGACGAGGAACUGAUCAAAUUCCUCCAAGACGUUUUAGAUGCUCUCUUCGCCCUUUUUUCCACCGAAGACGGUAACUCCACACCCUACAGCGGCCUAGUUUUCCACGUUUUGGUUUCCAUCUUCAACCUGCUUGACGGUAGCAAGUACCAACACUUCAAACCAGUGUUGGACGCGUAUAUUAAGAACCAUUUUGCAGCUGCAUUAGUCUAUAAGGGAUUGUUGACCAGCGUCCAACACUGCGCAGAAUGGGUGUCUACCUUCGAGAAGCAAGAACCCAUCCAAAAAUGCUUCAAAAGUCUGGAAUACAUUUUCAAAUUGAUUAUCCAGAGCCGAUUGCUUUUUUCCGAGGCCACCGGUGGACAUUUUGAGGACAAUUUUAGAAGGGACUUGUACAGCGUGUUCUCCAGCUUGAACCAGAUGCUGAAGAUCAAUAAUUCGCACAUAACAAACACUCAGGUUGCUUUACUGUUGGCAAUCAGCGCCGUCUACGAGCAACUGAACGAAGUACUUCCGACAUUAGAGUGCACCAAGCUUGCUUCUACCAUGCUUGACUCAAUCCCUACCGAUUUACCUGUCUUAAUAAUUCAAGCAAAGUUGGCUUGCAUUAAGAACUUGGUUACCAGUAAAUUAUUCCAGGAUGACGAGUCCAGAAAUAUUCUUCUGGCAAACGCCUGCAAACAUCUGAGGUAUCACUUGAUGCGGCGAGAAGAAUUGAAGCUAUGCACGGAAAUACUCGGAGAAAUCUUGGGUUUCUUGUUUAAGCAGAAGAAGUUUAGCGAGGAACAGGGCAAAGUGAAUAAUUGUAUCCAUCACGACGUGGAUACGCUGAAUUUAUCCAUUUUGGAAGUUCUCAUUCAGACUGUUUUGGGUAUUAUAGACAAGGACCUAAAGAUUUUGGGUUGUUUAGUUGCUUGUUUGAUAGGCAUUCUUCAACUUUUGGAUGAGUUUCAUUAUAAACGCUUGUGGGAAGUGUUGAUGGGGCCAAACAAUGACAGGAAACCGUUAAAAGAUUUCCUGUUAAGGGUAUUUUUAGUGUUUAGAAACUUGAUUAGAAUGGAAGUAUUUCCACCAGACUGGCUAAUCAUAAAAAUACUGACCAACAACGUUAUACUGAAAGCUUUACAGGAAUUUGCUCAGCCUUUGGCCUUUACAUUUUUAGAUGGCAAAGGAUAUUUCGAUAAAGAAUUAUGGAUGAACUACUUCAAUCUCUCUGUUGACUAUCUCACUCAGCAAUCUCUUCAAUUAGAACAGUUCUCUGAUGUAAAAAGAGAAAAAAUCAUCGAAAAAUAUGGCGACAUGAGAGUGCUGAUGGGUUUUCAGAUAUUGUCCAUGUGGUCAUCUUUAGGUGAAUGCAAACUUCAUUUUAUUCCCUCCAUGGUCGGACCUUUUCUCGAAGUAACUCUGGUACCUGAAAUAGAACUAAGAAAAGCCACUCUGCACAUCUUUUUCGAUAUGAUGGAGUGCGAGCAACGGGCCAGGGGAAAUUUCAAGCAAGUAGAAUGCGAACUGAUCGACAAACUCGACAUACUGAUCAGCGAAAAUAAGGGCGACGACGAGUAUAGGAGACUAUUUAAUACCAUCCUCCUAAAUCGGGUACAAUCGGAAGAUCCAGCCUGGAAAGAAAGUGGUGCUGCUUUUAUCAGCUCCAUAACCAGGCUUCUCGAGCGUUUGUUAGAUUACAGGAACGUUAUACAGGGUGAUGAAAACAGAGACAAACGAAUGAGCUGUACAUUCAAUUUAUUAAAUUUCUAUAAGAACGAAUUUAAUCGCAAGGAGAUGUACCUGCGCUAUAUUUACAAACUCCACGAUCUCCAUUUGUCAGCUGAAAACUUUACUGAAGCAGCUUUUACAAUGAAAUUAUACGCCGAUCAACUCUCUUGGACGAAUAAUCAAAUAGUUUCUGAUCCAAAUUACCCCAAUCAUUCAGAGUGUCAAGUAAAAGAGUUACUAUACAGGCAGAUCAUUAAUUAUUUCGAUAAGGGGAAGUGUUGGGAAAAAGGAAUACCGCUGUUAAAAGAGUUGGCGGAGCUAUACGAGACGAUAUUUUUUGAUUAUAAGCAAUUGAGUGAUAUUUUAAAAUGCCAAGCCAAGUUUUACGACAAUAUUUUGACGCAACUUCGACCGGAACCUGAAUAUUUUAGAGUUGGAUUUUAUGGACUGAGCUUUCCUCUAUUUGUGAGGAAUAAGCAAUUUGUGUACAGAGGUUUAGCUUACGAACGAAUCGGUGCCUUCACUCAGAGAUUACAAACCGAGUUUCCCUCCGCUCAAAUAUUGAUGAAAAACACCCCACCAGACGACAGUAUUAUUAAUUCAGAUGGCCAAUUCAUACAAAUAUGCAACGUUAAACCCAUUCCAGAAAGCACGCCUAUCACUAUGGCGACCGACAUUCCCGAAAAAAUCUCUAGGUUUUAUCACUAUAACGACGUGAAGAGGUUCCAGUGUGACAGGCCGGUGCAUAAAGGCAUCAUAGAUAAAGAAAACGAAAUAAAGACGUUGUGGAUCGAAAGGACUGUACUUGAGAUAGCAGCGCCUCUACCCGGUAUCUUGAGAUGGUUCGAGGUGAUUUACAGGCAGACCGAUGAGAUUGCGCCUGUGCAGUACGCAUGCGAAACGAUGCAAAGCGUGGAAAAUGAACUGAGACAGUUGAUAGCCCUUUACACGCAGGAACCCAAGAGAAAUCUUAAUCCUUUCACAAUGAGAUUGCAGGGAAUCAUCGAUGCUAAUGUUCAGGGUGGAUUAAGCAAAUACCAACAAGCCUUCUUCACCAAAGAAUUUACCAAACUUUAUCCUGAACAUAAGUGUUACGUUAACACGUUGCAAGAUCUCAUCCUAAAUGCAACAAGGGUUAUAGAGGAAGGAUUAUACCUCCACGGGAAGUUAGCCCCUUCUAGUGUCCAACCCUUGCACCAAAGACUUGUAGAAAGAUUUUUACAGUUGAGAGAAAGUUUAGGAUCGCUGAGUCAACAAACGCCAAAUAGUAUUAUCAAUACUCCCCUGCCUCCUUUACCGUCAGAAAAGCGCCUCCUAGUGGAGAACGGAGGAAGUAACCGAUCCUCUACUAACUCCAGCGGAAAUUACGGUCACCUCGUUGACCAUCAGCCGAUGGACUACGACACCGUCUACAUGAAACCGCUGGUAGGCUUCAAAAAUCUUGUUUCUAACAAACGGAGAACGAUGCAUGCCGUUCCAGGUUACAGUAUUAGGUUUUACGUGGGCUACGAAGAGAUAAGCAUGAGCAAAGAAUCAGAUCGUCCAAUACUAAACAGAGAAAACCUCUCGCUGCCUACGGGAACCAUAGCGCCACCUAUACCUCAAAGGGAGUGCAGACCAAAAUCUCAGGGAUUCAACAACACCAGUUUUUCCGAUUUGCGAACGCCUACCAGAGGUCCUUUGGAGUACAGUAGUUCCAGUUUACCUUCUAUGAAGUCUAGAGAUUCUGAUCCAUGCGAUAUUCCUCUACCACCAAAACCAACUCAUUCGAGAGAAAGGUCGUUAACUAAACCACCUUCGCCGAAGUUGUUGAGACACGCCAUGUCAAUGACGCCGACUGAUGGUACGUCACCUUUAAGGAAUUCCUGGCCUGAUUCUGGAAUCGAUGAGGCACCUCCACUACCGCCUAGGUCACACACUCCUGAUAAGCGCGUGCAGUCACUACCAAAUGAUAUACCACCCAACAUACCUAAACGCGGACAAAAAAAAUCCACGCCAUCUAUAUGUAGCGCGGAGUAUUUGCCUCUGGACGAACCGGCACAUGCGGCGCCAUCUAGUUCCGAAGGAGACUUGGCAACGUCGGGUAUUUUAGGGACUGUCAACGUGGACGCAAGGGAUUUGAGGGAUUCCGGAAUCAGCAUGAACGAAACAAGCAAUAGCUUAAACAAUUUCAACGCUCAGGGAUGUUACAUCGACUUCGAAUUGCGCCCACAUAUCUCUGAACUCAACAUCAGCGGCAGUCCUCAAGAUGGCGCCAGCUUGAGUCUCAAAGAGGAACAUCCUCCACCCAUCCCGCCUAAAAUUGGAGGAAGUUUGAACUCCAGCCUAGACUUGGGAGGUAGUUUAGAACGUCCACCCAGGCGGAAAGACGUUUUGAAUUCAAACUCGGACAUCAUCAGUCCACCGGAAAACUACUCCCAUCCGAAAAUCCACAAGGAAAACAGUAGCGGCGACGGUGGGGAUGAACCUCCUGGAAAUUCUUAAUCGAAAAAAAGACUCUUUCUAAAAAAACGAAACUUGGUAGACUGUAGAGAGAAUAUUCAAAUUAGAUUUAAGUGAGAUUUUAGUCAGUCAAUUUAAUUUAGAGGCUUUAGAGACUAAGUAAGAGAAAAAAUUAAAUUUACUAGCAUAAAGAUUAAGGGUUUAACGGUAAAACUGUGUUUUGAGUGGUUGAAAAUGGCGUCAAGACGGUUUUCUAUGUAAAUUAUCAAUAUUUGGGAAUUUCUGGUAUUGAUCCUGCUGAACGAUAAUAAGAAGUUCAGAAUAUACAUUAUUUAGGCUGUAUUCCGUUGCACAACCAGGCGAACCAGACCGGUAAACUACGGUAAAGAGCGGUUCCUGAAAAACAUCGGUUUGAUACGGAACGGUUUGGUAAAAUACUGGAAACGU